ACGCCUACAUUCCGUCAUCGUUUGAACAUCGUUAACAGUGCAGCGUAUACAAAAACUGUUGCUGAUGGAUUGACAACCAAUUUUUACCACACUGGCACCAGAUUUUUUCCGGUACUGUGGACAUUGAGUCCACUUCAAUAUUCGGGACGUUAAUUUAGAAGGGGAGAUUGGGAGUGGGAGGAAUAUAUACAAACUAUGCACCAAGCCUACACCAGUAUGAAGAUUUUUACUCUGUGAGAAUCAACGUAAAGCAGUGCAAUGGUAAUAUUCUCGAUCAUCCUUGCCUGUUUGUUGGUGAUACUUACACACAAAAUAGUAAAAAAAAUUGUUGAACAUUAUUCAUUACGGCAGAGAAUCAACAAAAUACCGGGUCCAUCGAGCUUCCCAAUUAUCGGUUUUGUAUGGGAGGUCAAUAACAUCAAACAAGAAGAUCGGAUGGAAUGGUUUUACAAACUAGCAGAUCGAUACAAAAAUGGAAUUUUCAGGGUAUGGUUUGGUAUUGAUCCAAUGAUUCUAAUCAAUUCACCAGAAUGUGCUGAGAUCCUUCUUCGGAGCACAAAACAUAUUGAGAAAUCGAUAGCAUACGAUUUCCUCAGGCCAUGGUUGGGAGAAGGAUUAUUGAAUUCAUCAGGAGAAAAAUGGUUCCACGAUCGAAAGUUAAUAUCUCCAGCCUUUCAUUUCGGUAUUCUUGAACAUUUCUCAGACGUCAUCGUAGAAAAAGCCGCCAUAUUCAAUGGACGGUUGAGGGAGCAAGUGCAAUUAAAUGGUGAUAAACCAUUCGACAUAUUCCCUAUGACUGGAAAAUGUGCGCUAGACAUCAUCUGCGAAACUGCAAUGGGAGUGGACGUCGAUGCCCAGAAUAGCGUUGAAAGUGAAUACAGCUGGGCUGUUGAGUGUCUAUCAAAGCAGGCAAUGCUUCGUAGAGAGCGCCCAUGGCUGCAGCUGGACUGGUUUUACUACCGUACAGAGAAUGGAAAACAAUUCGAGGCUGCCGUGAAAAUAGCGAAUGGCAUAUCCGUUCAAGUGAUCGUGCAAAAAAAAGCUGAGAGGCAGCGAAAGUUGAAAAACCAUGAUAACGCUAAAGAUGCAGAUGACGAAACAGGGAAACCAACGAGACGGGCAUUCUUGGAUAUACUACUCGAGGCCACUGAAAACAACGCAAAACCCAUGACAAUUCAAGAAAUGCAAGAACAAGUCAACACUUUUAUGUUUGCAGGUCAUGACACAACUGGUGCCCUACUGAGUUGGUCUCUAUUCUCCAUUGGGAAUAAUGAGAAAGUGCAGGACCGUAUUCAUCAAGAGCUGGAUGAAGUUUUUGGAGACUCGAAUGAACCAAUAACCACAAAACAACUUCCUCAGUUGAAGUAUUUGGACAGAGUUAUAAAAGAAGUUUUGCGAUUGUUUCCAAGCGCCCCACUAAUUAGCCGAAGAAUAUCUGAGGAUUUACAAAUGGGUCCAUACACUAUCCCGCCAGGUUCUACAGUGGCAUUACAAAUCUACCAAGUUCAUCGGGAUCCAAAACACUGGCCAAAUCCAAAGCAGUUCGAUCCUGAUCGCUUUUUACCGGAAAAUUCAAAUGGUCGACAUCCUUACAGUUUCAUACCGUUUAGUGGUGGCCUACGGAAUUGUGUUGGUCAAAAAUUUGCCAUAAUGGAGGCCAAAAUUGUGCUGACCGAAGUACUACGAAAAUGGAGAAUUAAAAGUCAGAAAAGUUUUGAAGAUAUUGAAGCAUAUACUGCGCUUAUAUUGAGACCACAUAGCGGAAUUUUAAUGAAUUUUUAUCCUCGAAACCACCCGUAACUCUGGCUCUUCGAAGAAUUUAUAGAACGAGGUUUGAAGUAGUUCUGUCUCCGACCAACAGUGUUCGAAUUUUUCAAGAGAAAUUAAUUAGAUUAGCAUUUUUGUAAUAUUUUCGUUUCAUUAAUAAAUAUUGGA